CAGCUUUGCCCAGGCUUCUACGCCGCACAUGUCACUAGGUGGCGAAUGUCAAAUAUUUACCCCUGAUACCACAGUACUCAUAAGGCCGCAUAAGCCCGCUCAGCCACACUCGACAUUGCUCUGCAAACGACUCCAAAAACCAUCCCUCAGAGUACGAACGCAGGGAGAAGCGGCACACCUUCACCAGCGCAAUAUCCAUUCCCUUUUCAUUCCCUGUCACGGAACUAGUAGCUCUAUCCUAGCCCCGACUGGAAGCUCAGUUCUUUGUUCACAUCCGAUACCAUCACCGCGAACGCUUUCCGAAAAUCGUACAGGAGAAACAUCAGCCACGCCUUCUAGCGCCCACUCCAAGGAUCUUUGGAAGGAGAACCUCCUGAACACUAUCCACAAUGGCAACCAAAUACGACUCCAACGCAGCGCCGACGUACCCGCAAUCCCCUCCGCCAGCAGCACACUCACCUUACAACAAUCCCUCCGCCCCAGCUCCCUACUACAACAACCAGCCGCCCGCCAACGCUGACUACUACAACUCCACGCCUGCACCGCAGCAGGGAUACUACUACCCUCAAGGAGGAGCCCAGCAAUACGGACCACCGCAACCUCAGUACGGCCAGCAGCAGCAACCAAUGCAAUACCAGCAAGGUCCGCCACCUGGUGGAUAUAUUGACGGAGAUAGGGGCAGGAGAGGAGGCGGGGCGUCUGCUGGGAUCUUAGGAGGUCUAUUGGCGGGUUUGGCCUGUUGCUGCUGUUUGGAUUGUUUGUUCUAGAUGGCGGAGGAAGGAAGGGAUGAGCGGUUGUGGCGGUUCUACCGGGGCUAGGAGGAGCAGAACGAUACUACACGUUUCAAGUUCUCACUUUUCUUCCUUUUGUUGGUUCGGGGUAUCGUGGGCGACUGAAGAGAAUAAGGCGUCUACUUCGGGCUGAUGCUCUGGUUUUCGGUCGUCGGAGCGAGGUUAGGAACUGUGGAUUGUUUAGUGGGCAGCAGAGGUCCCGGAUGUACCUAGGUAACUUCUGAACAGUCCCUCUCGUCUUAUCAAGGUAGUUCUUCGAUAUUUCACCACGGUGGAAAUAUGGCUAUGAUCUUUUCCUAGAAUCAUACUCGCCAUCAAGCGACC